CCUGCAGGGACACCGACGGGUUUCGUCCGUUUCGACGCAACUUGGCACCGGGCGGCUCCGGUUCAUUUGAGAGGAAAACACCCCGCGCAGGAGAGUCAUUACCGGCUGGUUUGAAGAGGACAGGAGUCGCAGCCAUGGAGGGGAGGAUUUUUGCUUUAGCUGUUCUGUGCCUGGUGUUGUCCAGCGUUAGAGCCCUCGAGGUCACCAUCCCAAAGAAAUCAUAUGAGUUUGCCAGAGGGGACAACAUCACACUACCCUGCAGCUUUAAAUCCAAGCUUGCUUCCCCCUCACUGGUCAUUAUCACAUGGUCGGCUGAGGCUCCUGCUGCUGACGUUGCUGAGACCCUGAUCCUCAGCUACUACUCUGAUUCUAAAGUCACAGACAUCAAGUCAAUGUACGAAGGCCGGGUGUCUCUGGACGUAGACACUCGUGCUGGAAAGGCCAACCUGAUACUAUCCUCCAUCACGUUGGUAGACAACAAAGUGUUUGAGUGUCGUGUCUUGAUCCCAACUGAUGAUGAGGGCACACCAGCAGCCACUGUACGUUUGGUGGUCCUAGUGGCCCCGUCAACGCCCAUCUGUAAGCUCCAGGGAAAGGCAGAGUACGGCCAGAACAUCAACCUGACCUGUUUGUCCGAGGAGGGCUCCCCAACGCCCACGUACAAGUGGGAGAGUACGGACGUACGGAGCAUGCCACGUGCUGCCCCAAACCCCAGAACCACGGACAAUGGUGGUAUCCUGUCAAUGUACAAUAUCACCAAAGACACGUCUGGAUACUUCACCUGCACCUCGACCAACAAGAUCCGCUCUGCUAAGUGCAACAUCACUCUUGCAGUCAUGCCACCUUCCAUUGCCUUUGGUUCCACUGCAAUAAUAGCCAUCGUUGUAGCUGUCGUUGCCUUUAUCGCCCUCAUCGUCAUAGUCUAUUGCUGCUGCCGCCACAGGAGGAAGAAGAGGGAAGAGGAGGAAUAUGCCAUGGGAGCCCCUGCGGAAGAGUUCCACGACAAGGAGCCGGCAAGAAAUGGUGAUCGUCGCCCGGCUGGUCGGGAGGAGGACCGACGUGUUGAUCGUGAGCCCGUUAAGGAUCGAAGACGCCCAGAUAACGACGAACGCCAGAGCGACUACGAUGAUCGGCGAAGCGACUACGAUGAUCGGCGCAGCGACUACGAUGAUCGGCGCAGCGACUACGAUGAUCGCCGCAGUGACUACAACGACCGCCGUGACAGGUACAGUGAUCGCCACGACGAGCGCCACGACGACGAGCGGAGCACCAAUGGAAGCAGAGACCGCCGCGAUGAUGACGACCGGUACGACGAGCCCUAUGAUGAUCGACCACCCGUGCCAAAAAAUAAACCACUGAGGAAGGAAUAUGACGACUAAGUACUCCAGUCUGAACCAACGCCUGUCUUCUGUCUUCUACUUUCCACCUCACGCUGUGAUCUAAUUGGUUCAAACAACGUUUUGACUCAGUAGACCUAUAGCUAUGACCUGAUUACCUCUAAAAAGGGCAACAUGUAUAGGCUAGUAGACUUAAACAUGAUCUGUUAUCACAUGUUUGAGAGGUGGUAAAGUUUUAGGGGGGGGGGGUUAAUCUAGGUAAUGUAAAAUAGAUGAGACUGGAAGCAAGGGAAUCGGAGGAUCAGUUGG